UGAGGAAACAGGAAACCACGUGUGCCGGUUUAAAAGGGAAACAACGUUUGUGGCGGAGUAGUCGUGCUUGGCUUUAAUAAAGACCAAAAUUUAACGUCUGAGAGAGUUUGUCUUGUUCAAAUAGCUGUUUGGGACGCUUCUCAAACAUGUCGUCGUUCAGGAAAGCGCUGAAAUCCCGACAAAGAAACCACCACGAGAGAUCCCAGCCUGAAUCUAGGAAGCACUUGGGUUUACUGCAAAAGAAGAAAGACUACCUGCAUCGUGCAAAUGACUACCAUAAGAAGCAAAACACACUCCUCGCUCUUCGCAAGAAGGCUCUGGAGAAGAACCCGGAUGAGUUUUACCACAAAAUGAUCAAUUCACAGCUGCAGGAUGGCGUCCACGUGUCCAAAAAGUCGAAAGAUGACGAAGCGGAGGUGACGGAGGAGCAGAAGAGAGUAAUGACGACGCAGGAUAUUAAAUAUGUGGAGAUGAAGAGGGUGGCAGAAGCGAGGAAAAUUGAGAGGCUGAAAGGAAGUCUCCAUCUUCUGGAUGUGGUCAGCAAACAGAAAAACAAGCACACCUUUUUUGUGGAUUCCAAAAAGGAAGUACGGUCAUUCAACUUGGCCAACCACCUGAACACCGUCCCCGAACUGGUGGAUCGAGUGUACAACAGACCCACAGUGGCCACGCUGAUGAAUGAGCGCAUCCUGGGAGCCGUGGAUCCUCACAGUCAAAAGAAGCUGUCCAGGCAACGCAAGCACGAGUACAAGCUUCUCUCGCAAAGGAUCGACCGGGAGAAGAAACUGUUUGUCAUCAGCCAGAAGCUUCAGACGCGCAAGGACCUCCAGGAUAAACGCAGCAAGAUCAAAGUUCGGAAAGAGAAGAUAAAUGCUCCAGCCAUCUACAAGUUUGAGACUAAGAGGAAACGCUGAGUCGCUGCUAAGUUGACAAAUUGAAAGUUGAACAAUCGUGGACAUUAUCCUUCAAAAAAAUGUCACGAUAUAUUUUGUACAUAAUUAUUUUUCCCAAAAUAAAUAUUAACCAUUCUAAUGACUCA